AAAAGUAAGUUUUCCCCACUGUGCCGUCGGACUAUAAGAGCUGACCUUUGCUCACGCAUGUUCACUUGAAGGAGAUCUUUGCACAAAGGCAGAGCUCAAAGCCCUCGAGGAAACGAUGAGCGUUGGUUUAUCGGCAGGGACAGGAGAGCCACGCUGUCUCCACGGGUUUGUUCCAGGCAGCUGACCCAAUAAGACGCCUCCGUCCCCUGCGGUUCUGACCGCCUGACAGAUCUCACCUCCCAGUGCUGCGGUGUACUCAACCACCCCCACAACCCACUAGAGUCCAGGACAUAUUGAUGAUCUCUGAUUGACUGAGUGACAGAGUGAGUGACAUACACCGGGCGCCACCAUGCAGAGUUGCCACUUCGGCCUGUGCCUGUCCGUCUACAUCAUCACCUUCGUGCUGGGCUUUCCCGCCAAUGUCCUCGCCUUCUACACCUUCUGCAAAAAAGUGAGGCAGAAGCCCACGCCGAUCGACAUCCUCCUCCUCAACCUGACCAUCUCUGAUCUCCUCUUCCUCCUCUUCCUGCCCUUUAAGAUGCAGGAGGUGAUGAACAACAUGUUGUGGGACAUGCCCUAUAUCCUCUGCCCGCUGUCUGGCUUCGUCUUCUACAUGACCAUCUACAACAGCACCUCCUUCCUCACGGCGGUCAGUGUGGAUCGCUACCUUGGUGUGGCUUACCCCAUCCACUACUCUGUGAAGCGACGGCCUGCGUAUGCUAUUGCCGCCAGCAUCUUCUUCUGGUUUUUCUCCUUUGCCCACCUGAGCAUUGUGGUCAUCACUCCCUUUAUCGGCUCUCAGAACAGCACCUCUGCCACUCCCAACAACACGAGGGAGGUGUGUUAUGAGAAUUUCACCAAGGCUCAGCUGAAUGUCCUCCUGCCGGUGCGUCUCGAGCUCUGCUUGGUACUUUUCUGCAUCCCUUUUCUGAUUUGCAGUUUCUGCUACAUCAAUUUCAUCAGGAUUCUGUCCAACCUGCAGCACAUUGACCGGCGCCGGCGCCUCCGUGCCAUUGGCAUGGCUUUAGGAACUCUGCUGGUGUUCGCUUUGUGUUUCGGCCCCUACAACGUCUCGCACAUCGUGGGUUAUAUUACAUGGAAAAGUCCCAACUGGAGAGACAAGGCCUUACUCUGCAGCACCUUCAACGCCUGUCUUGAUCCUCUUAUCUUCUACUUCUCCUCCUCUGCUAUGAGAGGAAAUGUGAGCAGUGUGAUUCAAGGGUUUAAGACUCGUCUACGCAUGAGCACGUCCUGUCACGUUAACUGGGACUCGAGGGGACGAAACAACAAGACUACGAAAGAUAAGGAACACACAGACGACAUCAAUGCUAUCUGACUGAAAGGGAGCUAUGGACAGCUGCCUUCGCUAAUUUCUUUUUACAUCCCUGGAAGCAGGAAAUUAAUGUCGUGUUUAUGUUUUUACAUGUGAGAAAAUUGCACGCUGCGUCGCUGUUUAACUCGUAAAUGUUUAACUUCCUGCUCGGAAACGAGACAGAAGAAGAACCGUUCUGUCUGUCGGAGCAAGCGGCGGCGGUUUUUGUGCAGCGUUACGUGCAAAAGAUGCAGAGACGGGCUACUUUGAACUGUCACAUUCAAAUGAAAAACAUUCAUUACACAACAGCAGGAUUUCAUAAGAUGUACAUUAAUGCAGUCGGGCGUUGUGGUGCUCCGCGGUGGAGAAGUCAACAAAAAGACUAUCUAAGCAACAGCUUUGGACGUCAUGUCUAAGCAAUGAGAGCUAAAGCACACGGACGGUACCUUAACCACAAACAGGAUGUGUCAUGUGUUUGUAAGAAGAUGCUCAUGAGGUGUUCUGUUAAAACAAAUAGAGCUUAUAGUGUUAGUUGCAGCUACAUGCAGCUUUUUGAUCAUAUAUUUGUGUAUUUUGUACUUUGUCUUAUACAAUUAAGGAUAUUCUUGUUUACACAAUGUCACAUAUAAUUUAUAUUUUGGAUCAUUUAAAUGACGUUGUUUAAAACACAUGUGGUACUAAAGGAGGAUAAAUGUAUGAAUAUAUGUAUGAAUACAUGUCAUUUGUUUGGAAGCUGUAUGACAAGGGUUGUAAUUAUAUAAGACAAAAUGUAGAUGCACUAUUUUC